AUGGCUGCACCAUUUCCAUUCCCAGAGAUAUUUCUCAGACCAGCUGCCUGUCUCUCAGUGGACGAUGCGACUGUACAAAUAAAGUACGAAGGCACGCUCUCAACAGGAUCUCCCAGUACCACAUGUCAAGUACAAUCAGUCACCUUGAGCUCCAUGAGAUUGUAUGACACAUGCAUACCAGAGGAAUACAAUUUCACCAGCCGAUACACCAACCAAGACGAUUGGGAAGUUCUGGUGGACGACUCUGUGUCGGGUCGACUGAGCAUUCCCAGAAAGAAAAAGUUUCAAUUAUGGAAAGGAAGCCUAGUGCGAAUCGCAGGAGAUCCUUCAGUUGGAACAUCGUCUAAUGAAUUUGUUCCUUUGACUGAAGAUGGACUAGACAUCCGGUCAGAAUGGUUGACAAUCAGCGAGUCUUCAACUAGAACUGAAUGGGAUGGAGCGCAGACUUUCCAUGUUCCUACACGAGGAACAUUCUUACAAAGUAUGAGAAACUCCAUCGCGCGAUGCUACGAGGUUGAACAGGUGAGAGAUACAGGUAUAGACAUGGUAUCUCAAGUACCGGAGGGAUCACCCGUAUACGAUUUAGAGAAGUAUACGCUCAAUUGUUCAGCUUUGAUUCCUGAGAAUUUCUCUGCCUAUAGAGGUGAGAGAGUUCCGAUCAUCAUUUUGAACAGUGAUUUCGAUUUGUCUGCCACAAAUCCGGUGGCAGACUAUCGAGGUCCCGUUAGAUGGGUUACUCCCGAUACUAGCGCUAGUACAACCCGUGGACAACGAAUCAUUCCAAGGCUAGCCCAGGCUGAGUCUUGA